UAUUUUCCCAGGCGCAUCGGACCCCUGAAAUUUUUAUACGACAGAGCAAUUGAAGCAGUAUGCCAAUGUUUCUUAAAAGUGAUCAACUUAUUCACUGCCAACUACCAAAUGCGGUUGAAGUUUUGAGAAGCGGAAACAUUGAUUUCAAUGGCUUACAAUUCAAUUGGUUUUUCAAUGGCCGAGUCAAAACCCAACAAAUUUAAAAAAAAAACUUUAACAUUUCUAAAAAUAUUUCCCUCGUUAAGCAGAACAUUUUGCAACUCGCAUUUUUCUUUAUGACCAUAUUUUAAUUGCAGUCUUGAACCGCUGGUAUAGAAACAUUCGCAAAAUAGUCGUAAAAAAUGUCGCUAUCCAUCCAAACAUUUGUCCGAGUUUUAUAUACAAUUCGUAUUGCAUUCGUAUCGACAUGUUCAAAACAGCGUGGUUUAUUACUUUAUCUGUCGAUUAGAAUUGGAAAUUGAUGACAUCCGGUAACAUACGCGCAAUGAAGGGAAAUAAUUUGAUCUUUGCUAAUUUUGCGACCAGGAGUUCAUCUUUCACGACGAGAAACUACUAUCGUAUUUUAGUGCCUUCCAAAUUAAACUCGUUUAUCGGCGUUAUAUAGGGUGUCUCAAAACCCGCGUAGGAGCCGGAAAUGGGGGCUGAGACGAUUCUGAACAACAAUUUCCUUUGCUAAAAUGUCGGUGGGGGCUUCAUUUUUAAAUUAUUAACGAAAAACACCGACCAAUCACAGGGCCCGAUUAGCGCGCGAUCAGCUGGCUACGCAGCGACCUCUUUUUUUUUUCUUUUUUUUUUUUUUUGUACGUGGUGGAAAUCUGAUAACAGACACCUGCCACCCGCCCGGGGGAGCGGGUGGAAGGUAGUGUGGGGUUAUACCCACUAAAACCUCCACGGCGACCUUCGGACGCUCUACCAACUUCGGCGAUUUAGGAGGAGCCGCGUGAUCUCUCAUAGAACGCUGCCGCAGCUCCCCCUCGCCUAGGCCGGCCAUCUGGUAGCUUUUGGCCGGCCGCGUACCGAGGGGAAAAGAUUCUGUCCCCCCUUACCACCUCCCAAUCUGCGGUGCAGGGAGGCCGCGCCCCGCACCGCUAUAUCUCGGCGGCCGCAUUAUUUGGCAUACCCAGGGCGGGGGCCCUGGGUAUCGCGACCGCCAGGGGGGAUCGGCAUUUACCUUGUCGUCCCGCCUCUCCCGCCACCUUUUGAGGUGCGGCAGGAGGGCCCCGGCGACGCGCUCGCCGGCGUGGGAGCUUAGCUCCAGUCGCCAAUUCGCGAGCGCCAGUCGCCAGACCUGGCGUUCGAAUUCCUCGACCGUGUCCGGCUACGCAGCGACCUGGCGCAACCAGCCAAUCCUGGCUCGAGCUUACUGAGUAUAUAAUCCCGCGCUAAUUAUACAUAAUAAUAUUCGUUUGAAACAAAACACAGUGUGCUAUAUCUAAACGAAACUUUAUCUAUAACCUACGAAUAUUCACUGUUAUUUACUAACAUUAGAUACUAACAUUAUCACAGUGAACGUACGUAUUGUCUUAUAUCACAAUUUAACUUGCGCUUGCUGUUUUUUUUUUCAAUUUAUUUAUUUUAGAAUCACUCGCGGUCACUACAGCUUGGCGAAUGUCGCUGAAUGGCGGCGUUUAUUCAUCGCUAAGACCUUUCGAAAUCUUAUUUAAAUAUUUAUCUGUAAGUCCCGUUGUCAGUCGAAUAAACUCAAUAGUUGUUGUUCAAAGAAUUAUUAAGUUUAGCGUCUAUGUGUUCUCGAUGCAUAAGAUUUUUGUUUUUUUUUUUUUUAAUCGAUUACGACAUUCGCAAAAUACUGGUAUCUUGCGUAGGAAAUGCUAAAAUACGCAACGAUGCGUAAACGGGAAACCUGUUUGAUUCAUGUGCUGUGUCGCUGUCUCAUUUAUACAUGCUGUUAGAUUAAUCGAAAACAAUUAAAGUUAAACGAUACAACGUUUGCAUGUUGAGACGCGAAUGAAAAAUUAGAGAACACUUAACGUUGUUAUACUUGAACUGACUGCUCGUUGGUACCGCAACGUAUGUAGAAAUACAUCUAGAAAAGGACACGUUAUUCGGUUAAGAAAGAUGUUAGAAGAACGUUCGCGUAAUGGAAAUAUCGUACAAUCAAACCAUUUCAAAUACUUCGCAAGACCAAAUGCUGAUAUUGAAAGCUUUCAGACGUCUCAAGAUUAAUUUUUAACGAACACUAUAUGGUUUCACGUGUUUCGCAACAGUAAUUGAAGACAAUAAGGGUUGUAGUCAGGCGACGCGUAAUAGCUUCUGCACGUCUAUGAAUUAUUCGAGCAACCACUUAAUGAGAUGACCGACAGCUAUGCGAUCAUUUAUGACGAUCGUCAAACUUUCUGCUUCUUUUCGCGUAACAAUCACUCGGGUUUUGGUGUUCGUUGUGCUUCUACCAUGGAUGCCAAGACUGUCAUAAGGCGAUACUUGAAGGUCACUAAAACGUUGACUCAAAUUUGCGGAUUAUGGUAUUAUCAAAGUACUCGUUCAAAAUAUUUUACGCGACUUGUUAUAUUUAUAUUCGUUAUGAUAACUACUUUUAUGCAGGUAGCGAAAGUUGUAAUUUCCGAUAGUUCGGAUGCUCUAUAUGACCAGUGUCCAUUUUUGGCAAUGGCGUUUUUAAUUUUGGCGAAAUUAUACCAUUAUAGCGUUAAUGAACCAAGGUUCAAGGUAAUUAUGGAGGAUAUAUUCGAUGACUGGAAGGCCAUCAAAUCGAAGGCCGAAUACGAUAUUAUGAACAUAUAUGGAGAGAGAGCGGCGUUCAUUACGACUCUUUAUUUAUCGGAGGCAGCACUUGCUUCGAUUACAUUUAUUCAAGUGCCUUUGGUACCGCUUGUAUUGGACAUCGUCGCACCGUUAAACGUGUCGCGAGGUAUAGGAUACAUAUUUCCAGCAUGUUACUUCAUCGACGAACAUAGAUAUUAUUACUUGAUAGUAGCACAUAUGAUUAUUGCGUUGUCAUUAACCAUAAUAUGUAACAUUGGCUGUGAUUCGAUCUAUGCAUAUAUCGUGCAGCAUGCUUGUGGAUUAUUAGCUGUUUCUGGCAACCGUUUUCGAAAUGCAAUCCAGGCUACUGUCGUUCAAAAAGAGAAGGACCUGGACAAUGAUACGUACCGAAAAGUACGCGACUCGAUUCAAGCACACAAAAGAGCUCUAAAAUAUAUGAAUGACGUCGAAAAUAUCUAUAAAAUACAUUUUACUGUUCUGAUGGUAAUGAUAAUCAGCUCACUCACUGUUACGAUGCUAAAGGUGUCGAAAUUGGAACCGUGUCCUGAAUUCUAUCAAUAUUUGGCAUUUACAUUGGCUCAAGUGGUUCAUCUACUUGUGUUCGCAAUUCAGGGACAAUUUGUAAUGGACGCUGGCAACGAUAUUUACGAUGCAGUAUGCGAGUCUCUGUGGUAUAAUGGUUCAUGUAAAAUUCAAGCAUUAUACGUACUGAUAUUGAGAAAAAGCUUGAUACCUCCUCAAUUUACUGUCGGUGGGCUGAUAUCGAUGAAUUUAAGAAGUUUCGUAGAGAUUGUGAAAGUGUCCGUUUCCUACCUUACGGUAUUGCAAUCCACGUAAACAUUGAGACAUUCGCAACUAAAUUGAAACAUAGUAAUUGACGAAGUCUUCACAAUGUGUUCAGUUAUAGCGCACGACUCACAUGUUAUUAAAAUUUAAGUGUUGUUGCGUACCCGCACUCCUCGCAAAUAUUACCGAAGUGGUACACGUACUACCACAGUCUCAGUGACGUGGUAAAUAAAUGUGGAGAUACACUUGUUAAAAAUCAACAAUUUCUUCAUUUGCAAAGAGGUUUCUGCAACGAGAUGUUGCACAUUCGACGGUAAAUUUGUAUCUGUUUGCUCGCUAGAAAAACAUCGCCCUCGAGGACUCGAAGGUGGUGAAAAAAUUGUCGGGUGUAAGUGGUAAUUUGCCAGUUAUUGGCUAAAAUAUUCGGAUACAGGGUCGAAGGAGUCAGCUGAAGAAGAAAACGGUAAUUCUAAAGGUUUGGGGCCUGGUAAGUCGAGGAAAAAUAUUACCGGUAAAAGCGGUAAAAGUGACCGCGAUGCAUGUGGUCGCCAAAUGUCUGAUAAACCUAAACGCUUACAAUUUGCGAACGCGCAUUAAUUCAAAACCUUUGAAAAAGUAACAAAACUAGGCCAAGUACCUAGACGACUUUUAGAUCUGUACCUCUAAAACUUACGAAUAAAUUGUAGUUUUCGAAGAAUACGCGUACGUAACAGAGUGUGCAUUUUGAUACCCGAUCAAAGAAUCAAUGACAGUACCGCUGUACGUAAACCAUUGUAAAUAAAAAUCAUUUAACGUUGUGGAACUAGAACUGACUGCUCGUUGGUGCCGCAACGCAUGUAGAAAUACAUCUAGGAAACUAAAUGUUGUUCACUUAAGAAAUAUGUUGGAAAAGUGUUCGCUGUAAUGGUAUACCGUAUAA